UAAAGUAUGACGUAAAUGAAAAUUCCCACAAACUUAAAUUUAGGUAUGAAAAAAUAAAAGUAAGUUGGAUUUAAAAACGUAUGGUAAAUAAACUCAUCAAUAUGUACCAGGAAUAAGAUUGUGUAUGUCUACAAAGGAUACAGGUUGAAGAACGAACAUGGAUUUCGACAGCUAUGAUAACGUUAUGAAAGGGGUUGCAGAUAGUCUUGAUGCAGGAAAUAUAAGAGGUCUGAAGUUCCUUUUGAGGGACAAGCCGAAUAUUUCCCAAAAGGAACUUGUCAACGUAAAUGAAGGCAGUGAUUUGAUACAACUACUUGAGAGGAAAGAACUGUUAUCAAGAACAAAGGUUUUGGAAUUCAUAAACUUACUGCAGUUAGAGGGUAGAAUAGACCUGUCUAAGAAAGUCCAAAUAUACAUGGAAACCAAUCUUCCUGUGAACCUAUCUAAUCAUGAUUAUUAUGGAAUAAACGGUAUGCCAGUAGUUGAGAAUUAUAUUGAAACAGAUGAGUACAGAUUAUUUGAGAAGAAAAUUAACACUUGUAAAGCUGCUCUUAUUAAAGGUCACCAUGGAUCUGGAAAAACUCAACAUGCCUACUCUUAUGCCAGACGGUUUCCUGGUAGAAGUAAACAGUCCCUAAUUUGGAGAAUAGACUGUAAAACAUUAUCACAGAUAUAUAGAUCCCUAUCAGCAAUGGUGACCUAUCUUAAACUUCAAUGUAUAUUUUUUGAUCACGUGACAUAUACACAGUCUGAUCGCCAAUUGAAGGCGUCGAUAGAUAAGAUGACAAAGCGAAUCCAGCAGAAGUUGCGUUGUGAUGGUAUAAAUAACGUAAACCAUUUGGUUCUGCUUGAUGGCGUGGAGGAUACGCACGACGAUACUUUUAAGACCAUGUUAAAGGAUUUCCUAGAUACCGAAAAUAUAUAUGUUAUUGCCACAUCAAGGGUAACUUAUCCACACGAAUUCCACAACCUGUGUAUAGAAGUUACAGGAAUGACAGAAGAAGAAGCUGUUCUUUACUUUAAAGUGGAAAAUAAUGACGAACUUGGACAGGUCAAAGAACUGGCAAGACAACUAAGUUAUCUUCCCCUUGCUUUAUCGUUUGCUUUUGCUUUUAUUUCAAACACGGGAUCUAGCAUCGAAACCUAUGUUAAAAGUUUAGCAGAAACCGAGGCAAAUGACCAGUUAAGAUCCCUUACCGUUUCAUGCGAAGUUGCACUAGAGAUAGUGAAGAAGGAUCUCACAGAACAUGGUAGAAAUCUACUGGCAUAUAUUCCAUACCUGCAUCCAGAAAACAUUCCAGAUUUUUUGCUGAAAAGUUUACUGCCAGUAAACAUGACGGAGGACUUUAAAAAAAGAGAGAUAAAUAAGCUUAUUCUUUGUCUGAGAAAUAAUUCUUUGGCAACUUUGAAAUCAAGAGGUAAUAACCGUGUAAUUGCUGUACAUCGAUUUACUUUCAGAGUCAUGAUGAAUAUGAAGACCGAACAGGAGAAGAAAACUGAAGCAAACACGCUCCUCCGACAUUUUUGUAAUAACAUUUAUCUUGAUACUAGUCUAAUUGAAGCCGUUAAACAAAAUGUUCUGUUUCUGGAUCAUGCAGUUGAACUGCUUAAGUUAUAUGAGAACUGUAAUCGUCGACCAGAACUAGAGGAUAAAGUGCUGUGUAGUGUACUUUUAUGUGGUGUAGCCGUUACCUACCGACUUUACGGAAACACAGAGUUGUCCGCUAAUGAGUAUUUUGAAAAAGCAAAAGAUGCAGUUUGCGAACUUGUAUCUAUCGACAAAGCAGAUUUUGCUGUAACUGUCUGUGGAUUUACUGCAAUGAAUGACAUACAUAUCUCAAUAAACGGCAUUGAAUUAAUCCAAGAAAAUUCAAAAAAUCUGUUCAAAAAGCUUAUUCUCAAGGGAACGAGUCUUAGUGACUCCUUUAGUCUGACAACUAUAACCAAUACCAUAAGAAACAAAGAACAGCUUUGUUAUUUACAUGAAGUGACAAGUGGCAUAUGUUAUACCAAUAACCAAAUACCGAAAGUUUCGAUUGGAGAAUUAAUUGAAAAACAAAUUAUUAUCCCUGUUCAGGAGUUUAAGGAAUCUUUCUUGGUGGAACUAAUGAUACACAUACUUUAUAACAGUAGUAAAAACAAACGUCUUAUGAAAUUAGCCACUGACGACUUUACUAUACAGAACCCAGAAAGAAGAAACAAUUUUAUGGCACGUUUGUCAAGUGAUAAUCUUUGUCCUACAGAUGAGAGUCUUGUUGAGUUACAGUACUCCAUCAAUCUAGCGGAAUUACUGGAUAACCAUUAUAAACAUAACUGUCCAACGUUUCGCCUUGGAUUAAAAAUAGCAGCAAAACGGGGAGCCAUUUCAUACUUUAUCAGUUCACUGGAGUCAAACAAAUCUACUAAAUGCAUUGAAGAGGCGGUUAAGAUUCUAGAAGAAAAUUCUGUUUCAAAUAUCCGAUUUGUAGAAUUUGGUGUUGUUAAGCACGAUUCUAGGCCGAUAAAUUAUCAAAUGGUAUCCAAUAAGAAACUCCUAAUGGAAUGUUACAUCAUGCUUUCAAAGGAAGAUACUAACUAUCUGAUUAGAGCGUUAACACUCGCACAAGAGUUGGAGUCCCUUAUUCCAAGAUUACAUCACUGGAAGGUCAUAUCUGAUAUCCAUAUAAAGAUCGCACAUGUAUUCGAGCUUCAAAAUACUGAACCAUUCAUUACAAAAGCAAAGCAACAUUACAAGGAGGCAUACCGUCGUGAAUAUGAAAGUAACAAUAUUCGACUUACAAGGUAUCACUUACGUGCACUUCUACAGUAUGUUAAUUGCUGUAUUAAUCAUUCGACAAAGGAAGAUCUAGAGAUGGCUAAGACUAUAUGCAACGACAUAAAAGAAAGAUUUCAGCACAAAAGUACUGAUGAGAUGUUUGAUGCCGCCCUUCAAACAAUAGAAGAACAACUGAACUCAUUGACUACUCCAAAAGAGGUCAACGAUAGCUUGCUAAUUGUUCACUGCAGCGGUGUAGAUAUUGGCACACAAACAGACAACGUAUUCACACAUCCGUUAACUGAAAGCCAUGCAAGAAACCAUCAAAGUGGAAUUUUACCAUCAAAGAAGGAGCUUCAGAGGCAAAAGCUUCAUCUGCAGAUUGAACUAAACGAAAUUGACAAUGAAAUGAUGCGUUUAGAAUUGAACAACAUGUAGGAAAUAAUGCAUAUAAUUGAUAUUUGUGUAACUGUUAAAAUUUGAAAACAAUAUUAUUUUGAUGGCAGUAGAUUUUAAAUUCGAUCUUUGUCGUAUUGUUUAAGACUUGGAUAUGUCGCAUAUAAUGUGUUACAAAAAAAUACAAAGAUUAUAUAUCAAUAUUCAUAUUUAGAAUUUUUCUGAUAUAGUAGGUCGAAAUGUUUCGCAUGUAAUAAAAGGCUGAAGACAAA